AGUGUGUGUAUUUCAGGAAGACAAAAAUGAGAGUCAUAAGUGUGACACAGCAAAACUGCAGUCUAAGAAACUACAGUUCUCCACCAGACUCAGGAUAAAAGAGAGUAAAAAUAAGAUACUUGGAAACCAAAAUUUCAAUCAAAGAGAAUUUUUACUGUUUUUUGAGUAGCUGCACUGAGAUUGAAUGGAAGUUGAUUGAUACAAGGUAGUGUUGGGAGUGAGAGCCACUUUUUUCCACAUCAAGAUGGAGACGGGAAGAAAAUAUUGGUAACUGGUGGGUAACCGACUUUAAAAAAAAAAAAAAAAAAAGUUAAUGGAUUCAGCACUGCGUAUCUUAGCAAAAGCCUUUAACCUGCAGUUGUCUACCUGAGAAGAAGACUUACCCUUCUCAGUUGCUAAGGUCAAUGCAGUCUCCAUUACGACGUAUCGCUGUUCCCGUGCAGUUGUCUGUGCAAUGUCCUUGCUGGCUGCUCUGUUUAUCCCUGGUUUUCCUGUGCUGAGUACCUCAGUGUGUCAUGUGGACACAUGUGACUUAGAUGAGCAAGAAGCUGCAAACAUAUCAGUAUGUUAUUUUGUGGGCUAUUGUAGGAACUGGAGGGGAAAAGGCAGUGUUAGCUGGAGUGUUUAUUUGGGAUGGGGGUGGUGGGCAGCAGUGAAUUUCCAGCCUCCUACCUUGCUUCUCCUAAGAUCAGUCUUUCUCCUCAUCGAGGUGUUAACCUACAGGAUGCCUCUUUAAUGCCUCUCUGGUGAUAAGGAUGAUCUGUAGAUGGUGAAGGAGUGUUAGAUACUGUUGAAUUCUGUUUGGCCUACCAAAGAUAAACUAAAGCACUAGGAAAGUGAGUUCCUGAAAUACAACUUAAAUGGCUUGAGUACCUGAACUAUGGAUUAGUUUCAUAAAAAUUUAGCUGGCAUUUUAUUUUCCAACUAGAUAGGGUGUGAGAGAGGAAACAUAUCUCAAGAAAAAAAGAAUUUAAAACUCUUCAGUCCCAUGGUUUCUUAACCUUUACAUUUUCUUUCAUUAUGCUGUCUAGCUUCAGUGUUUAGAGGAGAAAUUACUUUUGAAAUUUGUUGUCUAAUAGCCAGUUCAGAUGAGCAUCAACAUUACAGUUCUCUUGUGGCAAGUUUUGUUAUUGCUUCUGCAAGGAGAUGUUAAGUCUCUGCGUUCUGUCAUUAAUCCUCAUAUAUCCAGAAUCCGAAACAUUGGCAUUAUGGCCCACAUUGAUGCAGGGAAGACUACGACAACGGAGAGAAUGCUGUAUUAUUCCGGAUACAUAAGAACACUUGGAGAUGUUGAUGAUGGGGACACAGUGACAGAUUUUAUGGUACAAGAGCGAGAACGUGGUAUUACCAUUCAGUCUGCUGCUGUUACAUUUGACUGGAAGGACUACAGAAUCAAUCUGAUCGACACCCCAGGUCAUGUGGAUUUUACAGUGGAAGUUGAGCGUUGCUUGAGAGUCCUGGAUGGAGCAGUAGCAGUGUUUGAUGCUUCAGCUGGUGUUGAGGCCCAAACUCUGACUGUGUGGCGACAAGCAGACAAACAUCAGAUACCACGAAUUUGCUUUUUGAACAAGAUGGACAAAAACAGGGCAAGCUUUACAUAUGCUGUUGAGAGUAUCAAACAAAAGUUGAAGACAAAACCUUUGCUUUUACAGUUGCCUGUUGGGGAAGGCAAGACCUUCAGAGGACUGGUUGAUCUUGUGACUAAGGAACAAAUAAUUUGGAAACCUACUUCUGAUUUGGAUGAUGGAAAAAAUUUUGAGCAAAAGCUGCUGCUGGAGACUGAUGAUCCCACCCUGUUCCAAGAAGUCCAGGAUGCCAGAAAUACCUUAAUAGAACAAGUUGCAGAUCUGGAUGAUGAAUUUGCUGAACUGGUUCUAGGAGAAUAUAGUGAAAAUUUUGAGUUAAUACCAGCUGACAAGUUACGGUCCGCUCUCCGCAGAGUCACGCUAGCUCAGAAAGCGGUGCCUGUACUCUGUGGCAGUGCACUGAAGAACAAAGGAGUGCAGCCGUUACUGGAUGCUAUUACUAUGUACUUGCCUGCACCUGAUGAGCGUUCAUAUGAGUUUCUACAGUGGUACAAGGAUGACCUGUGUGCCCUAGCGUUUAAAGUUCUCCAUGAUAAAUGUCGUGGACCACUAGUUUUUGUUCGUGUUUACUCAGGUUCACUGAAACCUCAAUCAGCUGUAUAUAAUAUUAACAAAAGUUGCACGGAGAGAAUGAGUCGGCUGCUCCUGCCUUUUGCUGAUCAGCAAAUUGAAAUACCAUCACUAAUGCCUGGCAACAUUGCCCUUACCGUUGGGUUAAAACAGAGUGCCACUGGAGAUACCAUAGUGUCAUCAAAAGCUUCAGCAGUAGCUGCAGCACGCCGAGCUGGAAGGGAUGCUGGGAGAGAGGAGAGGUCUACCAGUGACGUAGAGAGCCUUCUGCUGGCAGGUGUGGAGAUCCCUGACCCUGUCUUCUUCUGUACAAUUGAGCCUCCCUCAAUGGCCAAACAACAAGACUUGGAUAAUGCAUUGAGCUGCCUUCAGCGUGAAGAUCCAAGUUUAAAAGUGAAGCUAGAUCCUGACACAGGACAAACUAUUCUUUGUGGCAUGGGAGAACUACACAUAGAGAUCAUUCAUGACCGAAUAAAACGUGAAUAUGGAAUUGAGACUUAUUUGGGACCUCUUCAAAUAGCAUACAGAGAAACCAUCCUAAAUGCUGCCCAAGCUACAGAUAUAUUGGACAAAACAGUAGGAGAUAAACGACACUUUGUAACUGCAGAGCUAGAACUGAGGCCCCGGUUAGGGGAGAGAGCAGCGACAAAACCUGUAAUCGAGUAUGCUGCGAGUGUCAUUGAAGAGCUACCCAAAGAACUCCAAGGAGCUAUAGACAAUGGGAUCAUGAAUUCAUGCAUUCAAGGACCUUUGCUUGGAUUCCCAGUUCAGGAUAUAGAUGUGACAGUGAAAUCACUGACAGUGCAUCCUGACACCUCCCACACGAUGGUAUCAGCCUGUGUCUCCCGCUGCAUGCAAAAGGCUUUGAAAAAGGCUGGUAUACAAAUACUGGAGCCCCUGAUGAACCUAGAAAUCACAGUAAGUGAAGAUCACCUCAGUGCUGCACUUGCUGACCUUGCCCAGCGGAGAGGUAGUAUUCAGGAAAUCCAGAGUCGUCAAGAGAACAGAGUUGUAGUUGCUGCUGUUCCACUAGCAGAAAUGAUGGGCUAUUCAACAGUUUUGCGUUCUCUAACAUCAGGCUCAGCAACCUUCACUUUGGAGCUUGCCAGUUACCAAGCCCUCAGCAGUCAAGAGCAAAGUGCACUUCUUCAGAGGAGGAUGGGGUUGGAGUGAUCGCUUUACUCUGUAGAACAAUCAAGAUAUUUUUUACCCUCCCUGUUAAAUAUUUCCAGGAGCCUAUUUAUGUACACCAGUAUGUUCUUCUGGGACCAACUGGUUGUGGUAAAUGAUGAAUUAGCAGCCAUACGAGCAGACUGUGCUUUUAACUGUUCAAGGGAAGGUUUGAGAGCCUGUGUUCUCCUGGCGCAGCCUUGUAAUUGCAAAGCAGCUGAACCAGAGAUGCAACCACAACUUGCUGCUUUGCAAACUCCUCUCUUACAGAUAUCUGCAAUGAGAAGUGAUGCAAAUCCUCUUGGUAGAAAUGAGCACUAAGUGCACCUUAAUGUGCCAUUAGAUCUGUUUCUUACUUUACAGUUUUGGCAGUCUGUAUCUUAUGUUUUCAGCAGAAUAAAAGAAUGUGGUUAAUAACAUUUUAAAUGUACAACUGUAAGUAUUACUUCCUGUAUCAUUAGAAACCACAUUGAGCCACAGUUCAGGACUGGGUGUAACUUCUACCUGGGUUUGCUUUAGCAAGUAAGUGGAAUGGAUGCUUCUGCAAAUUGUGCAAAAAAUACAAGAAAGGCAGAGUGAUCCCUAACCUACUACCCUGGAAGAUUUUUUUUUUUUACCUUUAGUAAUGAGUGACUUAAACUGUAAUGGUUCUGAUUUGCAAUUAUCUGGCUACAGAGAAAGUGGCAAAUGAUAAGAGGC